UCUCUGCAGACACAUUGAGGAAACUUGUGACCACACAGCAGCAGCAGCAGCAGCUCGGCUCUGCACUAAAGAUAAAACCAGGACUUCACAGACACAGCUCCUUCAAUCUCCUCAGCUCAGCCACACAGACAACAACAUGGAUUGCGGGAUUUUCACCUCCAAGACCGUCCUCCUCUUCCUCAGCUUGAUAUUUUGGGCUGCAGGAGCGUUGAUGGCCUACGUCGGAGCCUAUGUGAUCAAGAGUUAUGACAACUUCAACAACUUCAUCCAGGACAAGUACACUCUGAUCCCAGCGGCGAUCAUUAUCGGCGUCAGCGUUGUCAUGUUCAUUUUUGGUCUGCUGGGAUGCUUUGCAACUCUCCGGGAGUCCAGAGUCGGCCUUAGCUUUUUCUUCCUGUUCAUCAUGGUGAUCUUUGCGGCUGAAGUUGCUGCUCUGGUAUUCAGCUUCAUCUACCAAUACAAGAUAAGCGGCGACCUGCAGCGCUCCAUGAGUGAGGUCUUUGAUAGGUAUGAUGGAGAGGACGCUGAGACCAAAGCUGUGGACUACCUGCAGACUCAGUUGCAGUGCUGUGGUGUCAGAAAUUACACCAGCUGGUCCAGCACAACCUGGUAUGCGAACCACAACAACACGGUGCCUCUGAGCUGCUGUAAAAACGACACCGCCGCACAGUGCACGGGCAGACUGGCCCAAGUAGACCUGCUCAACACUGAGGGCUGUGAGUCUAAGCUGGAGGUCCUCCUACAGGAUGUUUUGGGUUAUGCCAUGCUGGUCAUCCUGGGCUUUGCAAUCAUAAAGUUCUUCGGGAUGCUGAGCGUGUGUGUGAUCACCUGUCGAGCCAGCAGUCGGAGGAGUGGCUACCAGCCUCUAUAUGCCUGAUGCACCUCCUGCAGCCACCACCCACCUCCUCCUGUCGCUUGACUAGCUUUGCUGACUACUUCAUCAGCAAAAUGCAGAAUCAUCCAGACUGAACAUUGUACAAAAUCUGAGUUUAUUUUGUUUAUGGCCGAUAUGGUAUGUAGAAAAGUCUUAGUCUAAAGGGGGUCACUAAAGAAAGAGCAUUCCUCCACUAAAAACACGAGUUAAAUGUUUCUCAAAGUUAUUAAAUCAUUUAAUUGAAUACGAACAUGGAUUUCAAUUUGAUUUUUUAGUCGUAAUUUUCCAUAUUUGGAGAUGCUUGUGUCCCGUCUCAGCCCAGAUGCGGCCUAUAUUUGUGAGAGGACCCAGUUUGGAGAGUGAUUCAGUCAUAGAAAAUGUUGAUCCCUGUAGUAUUUAGUUUCUUUCUGUAAAGCAUCUGUUAGUUUCUUAAACUGUCUGGAAACCUGGUGCAAAAACUGUGACAUGACUAGAGAGGAAAUGUAACUGAAAAAGAAAAUAUAUAUUUGGGACAUCAAGGUGCUUACUUGUAUAUCUCGCCGUGCCGUCUCUGCUCUGUCAUGUAGAUAUUCUUUAAAAGAACAAUAUUGUUUGGAAUAUAUUCAAGAUUCAAAUUUGAGCUUUAUAUUCAGCUUUUAGUGAUUGUGAGCAAAAGGACAGCGGUUGUAUGUCUGGUAUUUAGCUGUGUAUAAGUACAUAAACAUAUAUGCAAUUUAAACUGUAUUGAAUGACAUUAAUACAUAGGAUGACUUUGGUUGUGUUUAUUUUAUUUCUAAAUUAAACAGCUGAAAAUGA